AUGACCUGCAGUGGCAGCAGAGGAUGCGAAUAUGAAAAUGGGAAGCCCCUGGCCAUUGCAACCACUGCUCUACACUUUGCUCACCCACUCAUCCACCCAGUUAUCGCACUAGUUGCCUGUGGCGAGUUGUCUCUGAGUCUCUUCAGGCUAUAUGCUGUAUUAAUUAUCUGGCUCUCGACAAUUAAUAUGAAUGGCUGCUAUCCAAUUGUUGCAUCUAUGAGGAAUAAUCCCCUUUAUAUGAAUUGCCAGCUGCCCAGGAAAUCUGAUUGCCUUUUCCUGCUGCUUCUGAAUGGUUGCCUAGCCAAGAUGGAUGGAUCUGAAGAACUAGCUUUGUUCAGUUCCUUUCUGGAGAAUUCUGAUAUUAAAAGAUCUUUUCGAAACGGAGUUGGAUCAGGAAUUAAAAAAAUAUCCUUUCGAAGAGCCAAGUCAUAAACAGCUGCCUAAAGAAAUAUUCACAAAGCAGAAUCUAUAAAGUUAAAAUGGAUGUGCUUAAAAUUGUUUGUGGUGCAUGAAUGAAUCCAAUAAAACAAAUGUAUCAGUUUGUUCAUAAUGAAAGCAGAUGUUUACUUGAAAUGGUGGAAGCCAAA